AAUUUAAAAUGUUAUGUUCAGUUUUGAGGUUUCACUUUUUAGUGUAUUAAUAUUUAGUAUAUGCCUUAUAUGGAGUAUAGAGAGUAUUAUUAAUUUUAUUGAAAUUUAGUGCUUUAGUUUUCUUUAAUUUUGUGUUUAGUUCACGAAAGUGUUUAACAUUAAAAUGUUUGCAAACAUCAUUGAUGACAUUAGCUUAUUUAUGUAUCAGGAAUCUUUAACAACAGUAAUUUCAGAAGAUUUUGUGAACCUGUUAAAUUGUAUUGAUCAAUCUCAUCGACAAUAUGAGGGUAAGUAAAUUUAUUUAUUGAAUUUAAGGUCUUCUAUUCAACGAUCAAUUUUAUCAUGUUUUUAGAAGCAAUUGCUACAUUAAACGAAACAAACAAUAAUAUAACUCAGAAAAAAGAACAGCUGUCUUUUAUUGAGGAUGAACGUGCCAAAGUAAUGGCUGACCUGGCUUUACAAAUUCAGACAAAAGUAAGAAUGAGUAUUACAAUGUUAUCCUUCCUUAUAUUUUCUAUUACCUAAUAAUACUAUAAUUUUUAUUUUGAAUAAAUGAGUAGGAUACCUUUUUUUAAUAUAAAUCAAAAAUUACAGGACUAUUGGUUAGUGGUUCCUAAACUUUUCAUUGUAACCUUAACAUUUAAUUAUUAACUUAUAUGCAACUCUGCAGUCAUACUUAUACCAAUAAAAACAAAAAUAAAAAAACAAUAUUUACCAUCUGUAUAAACGGUACCUAUAAUUAAUUAAUUGUUACCAUAUGCUUACCUUUAUAAUUAUACUUUGAUAUAUUAUUACUUAUCGAGAACUUUUUUAUUAUAAACAAAAUGGCAAAUUUUUUGUAGAGUAACUUAACCAGUAAAACCCCCAAAUCUUUAUAAUUUAUUUUGGUAAAUCUGUCUACAGUACUUUUAUUAAAACAUCCAAAAAAUUGUAUUUUGUUGUAUAUUUAAUGGUUUUAAUGGCCAACCCCAAGCUAUUAUGCCAUACUUAUAUAUAGAUUGUUAGAGAGAUAAAUAUACAGUACGCAUAGUUUCUAAUAAUAUUAUUUUCCUCAAAUAAUAUAACUUGUAUAUAAUUGCCCUUAGACACAUAGUCGUAUUUUUUAUGUGCAGAUGCCAUUUCAUAUGUUGGUCAAAGAUUAGGAGUAAGUAUCUUACCCUAGAUACCCUUGUUAUUUUACAGCUGCUAAGAUUGAAUGAGUUAUUAGUGAUUUUAAUUUUAUUAGAUAGAAAUUGAUAAGUGUAAAUGGAAAAUGCCAUAAAGACAGUUUUCUCAAAAUUAUAUGUUAUUUUUAGAUUCUGAGUGAAACAAAGAAGCUUAAAGUUUUACAUAGAUGUUUCAUUUUUUUUUUUUGUUUUUAUCUAUGCUCAACUUUUCUACCAAAAGACUUGCUUGAGUUUUUACAUGUAGCACGUUUUCUGAAAAAAAAUCGGCGUGGGGAGGUACUUUAAAAAGGUCAUUUUUUGAUUUUCUCAAGAGUUUUUUCAUCAAAUUUGAACAACCGAAAAAAAGAACAGGAAAAUAUAAGAAAUGUAGGUAUUAGUUAAAAUAUAUUACGGCCUUAUUUUUUUUACCUGUGCACAACUUUUCAACCAUCAAUUUUUCUUUCAAUUUAACUUUUAAUGAUAACAAAGUUUCUAAAAAAAAAUUUUACUAGCGAGGUAUUUUGGAGAGGUCAUUUUUCGAUUUUUUCUCAGGAAAUUUCUCAUCAAAUGUGAAAAACCAGGAAAAACGUAGAAAUACUGGGAAAAUUAGUAUAACAUUAAACUAAUUUUAUUAAAGAAAAUAUAUAAAACCUAUUUAAUUAUUUUACUACAAAAUGACAAAGCAUCACUAUCAACUGAACUCUACUCUGAAUCGUUUUUUCGUAUUGCAUUUCUGUUAACAGUCACCUCUAUAGCAUGGCCACCUAUAAAUAACAAUUAUUAUUUCCUAACCUAACCUUACCUUGGUGACCGUUAAAUGAAAAUUUUAAUGUAUUAGGAAAUUAAAAAUCAGUUGAAAACUUUUUUACCUAUAUUUAAUAUUCACUUUUAAAUAAAUGUGUGAAAUAGCAUUCAUUGUAUUAAUGUUUUAUUUUAGGAAAAUUUGGAAAAUACUGUUAAGUCUCUACAAAUAUCACUGCAGUCAAUAGAGUUUGAUUUUAAAAAUUAUUAUCAAAUGAAAAGCAGUACAGCUAAUUUAGAAAUUUAUGAACUUAUAAAGUAAGAUUUUAGUAUAUUAAAUUUACACACUUGAAUGUGUUGGUUUUAUACAUGUUAUUUUGUUUCAGAAAAACAUUUUUAACUUAUAAAAAUAUCUUACGGAUAUUUUUUGAUUUUGGAAAUAAUGUUAAUGCGACAGAACAAGGAUGUAUCCUUUUUAUAUAUAUAUUUAGUAACAAGUAAUUUAUAAUUUGUAGAAUCACACUAUUUAAAUACUUCAAAAUUGUACAAAUUAUUCAAUUUUGGUAACUGAGUUAAAAUAGAUAAUGUAAGCUAAAAUAGGUCCUUAUAAGUAACAAAGAAAAAUGAUGUGAGUGUGAUAUUAUUAAUUAAUUUUUUUUUCUGGGUUGAUGAAGUGUUUUCAAAGCUUUUUAUAUUAUAGUUAGAAGUAGGGUUCACUGAUAAUUAUCUAAUCCUUAUUAUCCAAGAUAAUAUUAUAAACAAAUGUGAUAACAUUAUUAUUUCUGAAAAUAGACAAAAUUAUUACUUUAUAACAAAAAUUUAAAUUUUUUUUAAAAUUCAAUUAAAACUUUAUUGUAACUUAUGUAUAUUUGUUUAUACAUUAAUUUUUUCUAACAAUAAAUAUAACGCUUUUUGAUUCUAUACAUAGUAUUACUUACAUGCUUUACAUGCUAUACCUACAUACCUUAUACAUUUUAUUUUUUGCUCUAAAUUAAUUAAUAAUUAGAUAUCAAUUAUCGAUUAUUUUUAUAAUUUACCAAAUUAUCAGAUAAUUACCGAUCUUUGCAAAUUUGAUUUAGUUUCUAGGAUUAGUUUUUGAUUUGUUCAACAACUUUUUUUCAAAACAUAAUAAUAAAAUAUUUAUAAAACACUCAAAUUUACCUGAGUCUGUUAUGAACCUAACUUUUUUAAUUCCUAAAAUAAUAACAAUUUUCAAUGAUAAUGUCAAAACCUUUUCGUGCAAAUGAGCUAUUUUUUUUAAAAAAAAAAUUGUAAAACCAUGAUUUUUAAAGAACCGCAGUGGUUAAGAUAAAAAAAAAAACUAAUAUAUUUUAUGGGUCUAGAUAUUGAUGCACUUUCCAAAGAGCUCUAGAUUGCAUAUUAAGCGGCAGCAUGUGACUUUGGAGCCACAGGUUCUUGACCCGUGCACUAGUGGCAUCUAAACAUAGAUCUUAUACUAAUAGACAGGUCUUACCUAUAGAGUAGCAGAGGUAGUAACUGCUCAAAUAUAAUAUAGUGGUUUGUAGUAUAAUCACGCCAGUAUUGUGAUUGUAUGUGUAGCAUAAUGUACAAUAAUACCACGUAAAAGUCACAAGUCACAUGUGAAUAGUGCCCUCUAUCUAUUCCAUUCUACAUGUAAAAAAGGCUCGUCUAUUAGUAUAAGGUCUAUGCAUCUAAGAUAGCUUUAUCACUCACUUAAUUUACUAAUUUAUUGAAGAUAUUUUGUUUUUUUCAGUGAUACCAUUACAGAUGAAUUAAGGAACAUAGUUAUGAUAUUUUUUUGGUUUUACUUAAUUUAAUUUGAAAUCAUAAUACCUGAAAAUGUAGAACAAUAAUCUAUUGUUUAUUUUGUAAGAACUCAAAAUGUAUUUUGUUAUUUUUCAUUAAUUUAAUUUGUAUUAUUAUGAAUAUGUGUUUUUAGUACUAUCUUAAAUAAUCUGAAAAACUGUUCAUUUUAAAUUAGAGCUCUUGCAUUUUAAAAAAAAAAAGAAAUAUGGGGUUUUGUAACAGCUACAAUGGUUUUCACACAUUUACAAUGGUAAUCAUUUUUAUUUAUAAUAUAUUAUUAUAAAUUAAAAUAAUAAUAUUUUUACUGUUCUUAUGUAUCUUACAACAAGCAAAAUAAUUGUUACUACAUGCUGUAUUAUAUUUUUUUUUAGUUAGAUAUUUUAGUUCAAGUCUUGUCAAUAAUAAAAAAAAACCCUACACUUUAAUUAAAAUAAUAAAUGUACUAAAGUUAUUAUUUACAUUUAAAUUUUAUUAUACACUUUUGCGUUAUUGUUUUAAAUGUUUGCACAGGUCUGUUAUACUCGACGUACAUUAGAGCAUGACUGGGUGGUGGGUGGUUUAACAUUCGUUUGUGUGCAGCCGGCUCUGAUGUUUCAAACAUCUUGUUAUCAUUUAACUGUUAUAUAUUGUGUAGUAAUAAUAGCUUACUAUGGUGAGCGGUGUAGUGGAGGAAAUUGUUUUGCCCAUGCGACUGAUAAUGCUCUUAACGUGUGUCGAGUAUAUUACAUGAUAUUAAACAAAAAAAUAAUGUUUGAUAUAAUUUUUUUUUUCUUAACUGUUUUUAAUAGAUCUUUAUAAUAAAAUUACAAAGAAAUUGAUUUACUUUAAGUUUAACGUGGAAGAAAGAACUGCUGAUGAAAUUACUGAAUGUUUGUGGAAUAAAAUUAUGUUGGUUUCCAAUAACUACAAACAAAUAUUAGUUUAAUAAUUUUUUUUACUUUGUCUUAAUAAUUCACUAGGUAUAAAAUUAUUUAUAUUUUAUGCAUUACAUAUUUAUUAUUUAUAUUUGAUAACUUCUAAGUAGUUUUCCAUUAUAUAAUCUAGACAAUAAAUAAAAUAAUAACAAUUUGUGUAGCUACUUUAAUAAUUAAGGUUUACAAUUAUUAUAAACUUAUUUGUGUUAAAUCUGUUUUGUAUUCAAAUUUUCGGUAAAAUAGCUGAUACUGGGGAAUAGAGUGUGUAAAAUAAUG